UAGUAUUUUAAAUACGUUUAUUGUGUACAAUGAAUGUGAAAUAGUUUUCAAUUGUUCUGAGCAAAUCUAAACAUAAAAAGUAAAAUAAAUAUGUUAUUAACCUCUAAUUACAAAAUGAAAUAAACUUACUUCUAUCGGAUGUGAGCUAGAUAGUGCAUCUAGACGUAAUGCAGAGGCUAACCGAUGAUAUGAAAAGUGUGUCUAAAAUAGUAAAUGGAAGAAAAAUAAAACAGGAAACCUUUUAAAAAGCAAUUAGUUAAUAAGAAACGUUCAAACAGAUGGUAAGUACAUCAUAACCCUACCUGUAUGUUACUCCUAGUCCCAAACCCGGAUGAAGGAGGAAGGCUGGGUAUGGAGUCAACGACCCCAUCCCGUAGAAAAAACCUUGCCAUAAUAACGCUAAUCAUAAAAAAUCAUUUGAACUUUGUCCUGAGAGUUAAAGGAUCUUUUUUUAGAAGGGCUGUAAUACCUCAUGGUGAAAGGUGAUAUUCUUCGGAAGUCACGAGGCAGAUGUCCCUUCUAACAACUAGAGAAACAAUUAACAUGUGUACGCUGGAUGUCCGCAGAACCAGUCAAAUAGCUGCGGAAAUUGGGAUAUAAAACUUGGCUGUAGGUGGAAUGAAUGAAACCAUUUCAACCCAACCCUGACAGAAUAGAUUAGCUUCAAGAGAGGUGAAGAAGAAAAUGCCUAGUAGAAACAAGGAGUUGCACUGAUGCUGUACAAAAAAAAAACAGGAAAAGCACUCAUAGGAUGUUAAUCUCAUGAAUCCAGAAUCAUCAAUAGAUCCUUUAAAACAAAGGAGGGGCUUACAGUGAAUGUUACCCAGUGCUAUGUGCCCGCCAAUGAUGGCAAAGAAAACGAGAUCAGUCUUGUGAGAGGCUGUAGUCUGUGGCAAGCCCAUUUGGCUACUGUAUCAUUUAUCUAUUCAUUGUAACUCAGACUCAAUUCACUAUGUUAAUUUCGGUGUGUAUGAUCGAAUGCAUGUCUGUACAUUAACUCUUAAGCUAUCUUCCUAUUGGUCUCAAUGUGCAGAUAAUCGAUAAUCUAUUCACACCCGAUUAACUCUCAAAUAUAUAUGGAUUUUUAACAGACUCACUCACACUCUCUCUGUUUCAUCGUGUGCUUGCUCACCGUACGCUUGUGGAUUAUUAUUAUUCAUUAACAAUAAACUAUCUCUAUAACUGGUGUUCAGGCUUUUUAAUAAUCUCGAGUAAAUUCGCAAUUCUACUAGGAGAUUAAGCCUACCUAAAAUACUCAGUUACGGGAUAUUAUUAUUUGGAGUCAGAUAUUGAGGACAUUAUCCUCAACAUAUUGGUGACCCGCCUUUAGAACGCGCACCAUUUUCCUACAAAGUCUGCUGCAUUCUCCUCAAGAGUAUCAUAAAGAACUUCAUAUUGGAAUUAUUAUUAUAAUUAAUAACAAUCCAUUGACAGUCAUAAUAAAUUCACUCAUAAUAUUUUCCCUUUGGAAUUAUUACUGUAUAUUCUCAUACAUAUACCCAAAGUGACAAUUUUUCUUUUCGGUGAGUCUUAUAUAUAUUUUUUUUGUUGUUAUUUUUUAUUUCUCUUCAUAUUGUAUAUUUCAAACCUCAGUUUAUUAUUAUUAUUGCUCCUUCGUACCAUGUCAGUUGAUAGUUCGUUAAGCCUUUCAUCUAAAUCUAUUUCCGUGGGUGCCAUCUCUGUACCUUUACCUACUUUUAAUCCAUGAAAGGCUGAACUCUGGUUCGCUCGCUUAGAAAGCUUUUUUGUAGCAAACAAAAUCACAAACCAGAGUACGAAAUUUAGUUAUGCAAAUUCACUGCUGCCAGAUGACGUCAUUGAACAAGUGCCGGAUGUCAUUUUUAAGCCGGAUCCUGACUCACCAUUCGAUUGUCUAAAAAGAGAGGUCAUUCGUGUCACAUCUCUCACCGACCAACAGACAAUUGAUCAACUUUUAGCCAACGUGGAGCUAGGUGACAAUACACCGUCACAGUUAAAACGCCACAUGACAAACUUGUUAGGAAAUCGUACAGUAGACAAACGUCUACUAUAUCAAUUGUGGCUCAGACGUCUCCCUCAAAACAUUCAACAGAUACUUGCAAUUGGAGACGAAGACGUCGAUUUUGAUAGGCUAGCAGACAUAGCCGACAGAAUUUACGAACGGUCCAAGACUCACCUUGUAUCUCAAAUCCAAUCAAGCUCAGCUGACGAGAUCGCCGAGUUACGACGAUCAGUUGAUACCCUUACGAAACAGAUAGCUCAGAUCCAAUUAUUGAAUGCCUCCCACAGCAAGCGUAGAGGAACAUCCACAAGCCGUAGACGACGUAGUCCAAGCACUACUAGACACAACAUUUGUUGGUACCAUAGAACAUAUGGCAAACAAGCUAGAAAAUGUACUCCGCCUUGUGACUUUGCAAGCACACAGAAAAAGGAACGUCAAGACCGUAGGUUAAUGACGACUGCACUCACAGACCACAACUUUCAAGACAGUCGUCUAUUAUAUGUUACAGACAAAAGAACCGGCACACAGUUUUUAGUCGACACUGGGGCAGAGGUUAGUGUAGUACCACCUACUGCACUCGAGAAAAACACACCUGACCCCAAACUAAAACUACAAGCUGCAAACAGGUCUGACAUCAAGACGUACGGCAAAAGGCGGUUGCAAUUAAAUUUCGGUCCUAAAUCUAAUUUUUCCUGGAGUUUCAUCAUAGCGGACGUCCUCGUUCCUAUAAUCGGCAUUGAUUUUCUGCAAUUCCACAAAAUACUGGUAGACGUCAGAAAUAGGAAACUUGUCCUUGCCGAACAAAGUAAAGAAAUUAGAGGAUUUAUAUCAAAUGAGACUUCCAUACAUUUAUAAGUUAAACCUCGUCACGAGAACGACAAAUACGUCAAUUUACUUAAUCAGUUUCCAGAUUUAUUACGACCGAGUUUCAAACACGACAAACCGAUGCAUACCGUCGUACACCACAUAAAGACAGAGGGUCCACCAGUGUUCGCACGUCCAAGACGCCUUGAUCCCUCUCGUCUGGCUAUCGCAAAGAACGAAUUCAACAAAAUGAUUGAGUUGGGCAUCAUACGCCCCUCCGAUAGUCCGUGGGCAUCACCGCUCCAUAUGGUACCUAAGAAAAACUUCCGAAGUUAGACCGUGCGGUGACUAUAGAGCUCUCAACAGCCGGACCAUACCAGAUAGAUAUCCUCUCCCACAUCUGCAUGACUUCACUCAUAGCCUAUCUGACGUGUCGAUCUUUUCGAAAAUUGAUCUCGUCCGUGCUUACCAUCACAUUCCAAUUCAUCCAGAUGAUGUUCCUAAAACAGCCAUUACUACCCCCUUUGGACUAUACGAAUUCGUCCGUAUGCCUUUCGGAUUAAGGAAUGCUGCACAAAGUUUCCAGCGUUUUAUUGACCAAGUGGUACGGAGCUUACCGUUUGUGUAUGCUUACAUAGAUGACCUACUUAUAGCAAGCAAAGAUGAAAAUGAACAUCUAACUCAUCUGAAAAUGCUUUUUGAGAAGCUAAACGAGUAUGGGUUAGCGGUCAAUCCUGACAAAUGUGAGUUCGGAAAACAAUCCCUCACCUUUUUAGGUCACGUACUUGAUAAGCAAGGCAUUAAACCAGUUCCUGAGGAAACACAAGCUAUCAAAAAUUAUCCUUUGCCUGAUUCAUUCAAGAAACUACGACGUUUCCUUGGGAAGAUCAACUUUUACAGACGUUUUAUCCCUAAAUGUGCAGACUUAGCAAAACCACUAACUGAUUUAUUAAGGGGACGAGCUAAAUCAUUAGCAAUGACACCGCAAGCAAUUCAAGCAUUUGAUCAGUUGAAAAGCGCUUUAAGCACAGAGGCAUUACUCGCACGAUGAAAGGUUGAUGCACCUUUAGCAAUAAUGACCGACGCUUCUAACGUAGCAGUAGGUGCUGUACUUCAGCAACGUGUCAAUGAACAAUGGCAACCCCUUGCAUUUUUCUCAAAAAAGCUAAACGCAACGCAAACAAAAUAUAGCACAUUCGGUAGAGAACUGUUGGCUAUCUACUUAGCCAUCAAACACUUUCGCUACAUGUUAGAAGGCAAUUCUUUCACGAUAUAUACUGAUCACAAACCUCUAAGUCCUUGAUGCACAAUCAUGAUAAAUAUAGUCCGCGCGAAAUUCGUCAACUAGAAUUCAUUUCACAAUUUGCAGCUGAUAUACGCUAUAUUAAAGGCAAUGCAAAUGAGGCAGCAGAUGCACUAUCGAGAUUAAAUAUCAAUACCUUCUCGAUCCCUGAUAUAGACUAUCAAGAAAUGGCAAAGCAUCAAAAGCUCGAUACGGAGCUACAAAAGCUUUUGCAGUCUAAGGAAACGAAAUUAUUAUUCCAAAACAUCCCCAUAAACAACAAGGACACCUUAACUUGUGAUACCUCAACAGGUAAAACUCGCCCUUUUGUACCUUUCGGUAUGAGACGAAAUAUUUUUGAGAAAAAACAGACAACUGUAAAACCGUCUAAACCUGCAGCAGAGCAAGCACCAUUCAAACUACCUGCAACAAGCAGCACUUCAAAUCAAAGUUCAGCAGCAGCACAAACUACAACAAGAUCAGGAAGAAGAGUACAUUGGCCAGAUAGGAAUGUAGCAACCACUAUAUUUAUCUAGACCAAAUCCUGAGACUACUCUUAUAACACAUAAAAAUCCUACUUUAUUUUGAUUACAAUUUUUUUUAUUGGCCCCACGGAUCAUCAUUAUGCUUACAUUUUAACUUAAUACAAUUCAUUAAUGUUAAAUAUACACUUGUAUAUACAUGAUAUGAAACGUUUCAACACACAAGCUGUUAUUACAAUUUUACGCUUACUCAUCAUAUUGAGUUGUACUUUCAUUUUUAAAACAGUUCCGUUCUUUAUCUCUUUGUCGAACAUAGAUGUUAAUCCAAUUUUUUUUUGGUACAUAAAAACAUCAAUGUUCUGGAUGGGAGCUUAUGUGGCAAGCCCAUUUGGCUACUGUAUCAUUUAUCUAUUCAUUGUAACUCAGACUCAAUUCACUAUGUUAAUUUCGGUGUGUAUGAUCGAAUGCAUGUCUGUACAUUAACUCUUAAGCUAUCUUCCUAUUGGUCUCAAUGUGCAGAUAAUCGAUAAUCUAUUCACACCCGAUUAACUCUCAAAUAUAUAUGGAUUUUUAACAGACUCACUCACACUCUCUCUGUUUCAUCGUGUGCUUGCUCACCGUACGCUUGUGGAUUAUUAUUAUUCAUUAACAAUAAACUAUCUCUAUAACUGG